AUGAUCCGUACCGCAUACACUACACUGAAGGCCGCAUCAUCCUACUCAGCCCCAUGCACAGGUGACUCAAAAGACGGGCAGGAGCGUCGGCUUGAUUUUCAAUAUUCUGCAGGGUGUCUGCUAACGUACGAGGAUAUGGGGUGUGUGGGUGAAAAUGGUGAGUGGUUGACGAAGCUUGAGUCAAACAAUGAACGGCUAAACCGAGUUGGGUAUAGCGUGCCAUGUUUGGACUCACACUUUUCUAAGGUUUCCAAGUAUCUCGCAUUACUGCCUUCUUUGGGCUUCAUUCUUAUGAUUUACAAUUCGAUACAAUUAGGUUUCAAAGUAGAACCUUGGGGGUGGCUCGGAGCUGACACGCCACCAUCCCUGGGUCAAGCUGCCACAUUUGCACCUAUGACGGAGAAUCUCAACCACCUCAUGAAGAUGGAAGACAAGAGAAUCAUAAUGCACGUGUUUUCUGUUUGUGCCGCUGUAAAGCUCAAUUGUCCAAUGAACCCAGUCAACUUUCGGGAAACAUAUUCUUUUGCGACUGUAGGACAAGAUACGGAUCUGACAUCCACAUCCGCUUCACAUCCUUCCUCAUUUUCUAGAAAGCGGAGUAAAGAGAGUACGGCACCCCAAGGUUCACACAAGCAUUUUCCUUCCCUGCUUAAAGAACUAAGCUGCGCAUACUCCAGUUUGAGCUAUGGCUAUGCUAGACUAUUCACUAAGGAUGCGGCCGGUAAACUCAUUCGAGACUUCGAGAAGCUAUCCGUUAGUCUCGGGCCAGAGAGGAAAGCAUUCUGGGCGAUGGAUGACAGGAACUUCAUCUGGGACUCUCUCCCGGCUGAGUUGGAAACUGGUGUCAUCGAGGUGCUGAAGAACGGCAAGUUUAUCGAUAGUCCAAGGGUUGUGACUCUGGGGUUUGGCGGAGACUACUUCAUGCUCAUGGAGAAGAAUUCACGUCAUUGGCAUUUGGCCGACUAUCGAGAACUCAACGCAGCCAUGGCGACGUUCCGAGAUAAUAAGGUGUUUUAUACGGCCCUGACACGCCCUUCAACAGAAUCUCGCCUUGAGCCCGCAUAG